GUUCAUAACCUCCACUGAAUAUCUUAAUUAAAUCUGUUCUUAUUGAAAUCAACAGCAGGAUGAAGAAGACUUUCACAAUCAUUAUUUUAUUUCUCGUGUGUGGUGUGUUUGGUGAUUCAGAUGUAAAGUCAGUGUCAGUGAUGGCUGGAGAUUCAGUGUCACUACAAACUAAUCUCACUGAGCUACAGGAGGAUGAUGUGAUCUGGUGGAGGUUUGGAGAAGGCAAAUCUAAAGAUCUUUUAGCUGAAAUUGUUAAAUAUAAGAUCUGGUAUGCACGAGGGAGAUUCAGAGACAAACUGCAGAUAUCAGGCAGUCAGACUGAUCUCACAAUCAAGAACAUGAAGAUCAAAUACUCUGGACUUUAUGAAGCAGAGAUCAACAUUAACACUGGAACAUUAUACAAGAGAUUUAAUGUUACUGUCAAUGAGUCUCCUCCUGUUAUUAAUUCUGGACCAAGUGAAUUGGCAUAUUUUACAGUGACUGAGGGUGAAUCUGUUGUUUUACCCUGUAAUGUUCAAACACAAAGAGAUGAUCUGAUACUAUGGAGGUUUGGCGAUGAAAGUGCUCUCAUAGCUGAAGUUGAUAUGGAAGAUGAUAAGACAUCAGUAUAUGGGAGAUUCAAAGAUAAACUAAUGCUAAAUGAUCAAACUGGAGAUCUCAUCAUCACUGACAGCAAACCUAAAUACACUGGAGUUUAUCAGCUAAAGAUCAGCAGCAACAAACAAACUUUAUACAAGACAUUCAAUGUUAUUGUCAGGGAUUCAGGUCUGUCGUCAGGUGUUACAGCAGGAUUAUGUGUUUUCUUCCUGUUGGUUAUUGCUGCUGUUAUUGCUGCUGGUUUGAUUUUGUAUCGCCGCAAGAUCUCUGAACUUAAACAUGAAGUGAAGUUGAUGUCAGUAGUGGAAGGAGAAUCUGUCACUUUACACACUUAUAUUGAACUACAGAAAGAUACUGUAGUAGAGUGGAUGUAUGAAGAUGAUGAGCUCAAAAAAGAAGGCAAAAAGAUCACUAUAGAUGAUAAAGCUCUUGAUGGGAGAUUCAAAGACGUACUGAAAUGGGACAGUGAGACUGGAUCUCUUACCAUCACUAAAUUCAAAGCUGAACACGCUGGACUUUAUGAAGUUAAGAUCACCAAAAGCAAAGGAACAUCAAACUCUAAAUUCAAUGUUUAUCUCAAAGCGAGGGUCAGAAAAGGAAAGAUGGGGGAAUCUGUCAUUUUAGACACUUGUAUUGCUGAAAUCCAGAAAGAUGAAGCGAUACUGUGGAUGUUUGGAGAUACGACUAUAGCUGAAUAUACUGGAGGCACUGAUAAACCUACAUUAAAUAAAACUGAUGAGAGGUUUAAAAACAAACUGGAGAUGAACAGUCAGACCGGAGAUCUCACCAUCAAAAACAUCAGAACUGAAAACUCAGGAGAAUAUAAAGUACAGAUCAAGAGGAGGAGCGGGACCAAAGAGAGAAAAUUUGAUGUCGCUUUCUCUGUGCGAGCUAUGAAGGGAGGAUCUGUUACUCUACACACUAAAGUUAAAAUACAAGAAGGUGAUGUGGUGGAGUGGACCUCAGAAGAUAAAACCACUCUUGUAACUGGAAUGAAUGGAGAAGACAGCGAGACUAAAUUUGAAGAUGAUGAGAAAUUCAAAGACAGACUGAAGAUGAACGCUCAGACUGGAGAUCUCACCAUCACAGAUAUCAGACAGACUGAUGAAGGAGUUUAUACACUAAAGCUGACCAAAGCUGACGGAAAAAUCACAUACAGAAUAUUUAAUGUUGAUGUCAUUGCCAAAGCCCAGGGAAACUUUCUGAACCAGAAGUCGGAGAUGAUCAGAAUAGGAAAGAUGGGGGAAUUUGUCUCUUUAGACACUGGUGUUACUAAAAUCCAGAGAGACGAUGAGAUUUUGUGGACGUUUGGAGACAUGCGUAUAGCUCAAUACACUGGAGGCAGUAAUGAAUCUACACUAUAUGACUACAUUGAUGAGAGAUUUACAGACAAACUGGAGGUAAACCAUCAGACUGGAGAUCUCACCAUCAGUAACUUCAGAACUGAACACACUGGAGUUUAUAAAGUACAGAUCAAGAGCAGCAGCGGGAACAAAGAGAGAAAAUUCAGUGUUGCUUACUCUGUGCGAGCCAUAAAGGGAGUAUCCGUUCUUCUACGCACUAAAGUUAAAAUACAAAAAGGUGAUGAGGUAGAGUGGACUUCAAAAGAUAAAUCCAUUCUAAUAACUGGAAUGAAUGGAGACGACAGCAAGACUUCAUAUACAGAUGACGAGAGAUUCAGAGACAGAUUGGAGAUGAACCCUGAGACUGGAGAUCUCACCAUCACAGAUAUCAGACAGACAGAUGAAGGAGUUUAUACACUAAAGCUAAUCAACACUGAUGGAAAAAUCACACAAAGAAUAUUCAGUGUUGAUGUAGCUGUAAUAACCAAAGUUCAUGGAAACAUUCAGAAGCAGCAAAACUCAGCGAGGUUAAGAACAGGAAAGGUGUGGGAAUCUGUCACUUUAGACACUCGUGUUACUGAAAUACAGAAAGAUGAUGAGAUACUGUGGACGUUUGGAACUGAAGACAAGUGUAUUGCUCAAUACAUUGGGGGGAAUGAUAAACCUACAUUAAAUGACUACACUGAUGAGAGAUUUAAAGACAAACUGGAGAUGAACCCUCAGACCGGAGAUCUCAGCAUCAAAAACAUGAGAUCUGAACUCACAGGAGUUUAUAAAGUACAGAUCAAGAACAGCAGCGGCACAAAAGAGAGAAAAUUUAAUGUCGCUUUGUAUGCACAAGCUAUGAAGGGAGGAUCUGUUACUCUACUCACUAAAGUUAAAAUAAAUGAAGGUGCUGAGGUGAAGUGGACCUCAGAAGAUAAAACCUCUCUUGUAACUGGAAUGAAUGGAGACUACAGCAAGACUUCAUAUACAGAUGAUGAGAGAUUCAAAGACAGACUGAAGAUGAACGCUCAGACUGGAGAUCUCAACAUCACAGAUAUCAGACAGACAGAUGAAGGAGUUUAUACACUAAAGCUGACCAAAGCUGAUGGAAAAAUCACAUAUAGAAUAUUUAAUGUUGAAGUCACUGCCAAAGGUCUUGGAGACACUCACAACCAGCAGAACUCAGCUGUUAUAAAUAAAGAGACGAUCAAAACAGUAAACUUGGCAGAAUCUGUCACUUUAGACACUGGUGUUACUGAAAUCCAGAGAGAUGAUGAGAUACUGUGGAUGUUUGAAGAUAUGUAUUUAGCUCAGUGCUUUGCCACUUUUCAAUAUAAUUUAGCUUACUUUUAUAAAGAGAGAUUUAAAGACAGACUGAACAUAAACAAACAGAACGGAGAUCUCACCAUCACAAACAUCAACAUUGAACACACUGGAGUUUAUAAACUAGAGAUAAAGAGCCGCAGUGGCACCAAAGAAAAAACAUUCACUGUUGCUUUGAAUGAGCGAGUUAAGAAGGGAAGAUCUCUUCACCUACAUCCUAGAGUUAUAAUACAUGAAGGUGAUGAGGUGAAGUGGACUUCAAAAGAUAAAACCACUCUUGUAACUGGAAUGAAUGGAGACUACAGCAAGACUUCAUAUACAGAUGAUGAGAGAUUCAGAGGCAGACUGGAGAUGUACUGUUGCAUUGGAAGUCUCCUCAUCACAGAUAUCAGACAGACAGAUGAAGGAGUUUAUACACUAAAGCUGAUCAAAGCUGAUGGAAAAAUCACACAAAGAAUAUUUAAUGUUGAAGUCACUGAUUCAGCAGGUGUCAGAGCUGAUUCAGUGGAGGUUAAUAUGCCCUUACUGGAACAAGGAGCUGAUAACCCGCCCCAGGAUCUGCUAAUUAGCAAAAUUUUUCAGCAGGAGGUGACCUCCUGGCUCGUUGGUGUUUUAAGCCCUCAACGAAGCCUUCAAGGCAGCGCUGCCUGGAAGGCACUCCCUGUGCCCCGAGCGUUUCAGCCAAUCACAGCACUGGUGCUAGAUAUCGAGCCUUCCGCCUGCUUCUGGAAGUUCGAGCUCACCAUUGGUCAGGUGACACGAUUCCUUCAGGAGGAGAUGAUCCUGGUGUUUGCUGGACACUCUGGGACGUCCUGA